AUGGGCGUCGAGACUGCCGAGAGGCUCCGUGUGACGUGCAAGGUUGCCCUGCGGGCUGCGGGAUAUCAGGGGCAACACCUCUCAUGCGAAUGGGUGAUCGAGACAAUCAUUCGAAAACCUCGUGAUCCAACUCAUGAAACAACACAAAACACUCGAUCACGAAAACUGGUGCUCUGGAAUCAGACUCAAGAUUGUUACAACUGGGUCGGUGUGGAAUGUGAUGGUGUGGGGCAUGUGAUCAGUUUGCAGCUCGAUGGGGAGGGAAUUUCGGGUGGGAUUCAUAACAUGUCAAGUCUUUCUGGCUUUCGGUACCUGGAGAAGCUAAACUUGGCUGAGAAUAACUUUAGAGCUCAGAUUCCAGGUGGGAUUCUAAACCUUAAACAUUUGACGCAUUUGAAUUUAUCAGAUGCUGGUUUUGGUGGACAGGUUCCAAUUGAAGUUUCACUAAUGAGGAGAUUGGUCACUCUCGAUCUCUUAUAUAACGGUCUAGAAAUUGAGAAUCCGAAUUUGAAGAUGCUUCUUCAGAAUCUAACCGGGCUAAGAGAGCUUUAUCUCGAUGGCGUGCAGAUGUCGUCAGCAGUUCUUAAUUUCUUCGCUAACUUCUCACAUCCGACUACCUUGUCUCUCAGUGGAUGUGAUUUAAGAGGUUCAUUCCCUAAUAUGAUCUUCCAAUUACCUACCCUAGAGAAUCUUGAUUUAUCCUUCAAUCAGUUACUCACUGGCUCCAUACUACAAUUUCAUCAAAAUGCAUCUCUUAGGACUUUGUUGCUUCUAGAUACUAACUUCUCAGGCCCAUUACCAAAUUCUAUUGCUUCACUGGACCUAUUCCAUCCACGAUUUCUAACUGGGCUAAUUUAUGUGGACUUAUCCAGGAACUUCUUCACCGGUUCAAUCCCAUCAUUUUACAUGUCCAAGAACCUUCAACGAGUAGACCUUAGUGAUAAUUCACUUAGUGGGAGCAUCCCCAAGUCUCUCUUUAGUCUUCCUUCACUACGAAUACUUAGACUUUCCAACAACCAGUUAAGUGGUCGAGUCUAUGAAUUUUCAACUUUACAUUUUCCUCACAUAGUUGCGCUAGAUUUAAGCCGUAAUAAACUGGAAGGGCAAAUUCCCAAGUCAUUUUUCACACUAGAAAGGCUUGAAACUCUUAAACUUUCUUACAACUUCUUCAAUGGCACAGUUCAAUUAGGAAAGUUGCAAAGGCUACAUAAUCUUGUGGAGCUAGACCUUUCGUACAACAAUUUAUCUAUUGACACAAGCAUCACUAAUACAAAUUUGUCGAGGUUUCCCCAGCUAUUCUCGUUAUCCCUAGCUUCUUGCAACCUACAUAAUUUUCCUGAUCUUACAAACCAACACAACCUGAGGUUGUUGAACCUCUCAAACAACCGGAUAAUUGGGGAAGUACCUAAUUGGAUUUGGGAAAUUGGAAAUGGAACACUUAUCGGUUUGGAUCUUUCUUCGGAUAUCAUUCCGACAUCCUUUUGCAAUGCUACUGAACUUGAAGUUCUUGACUUGUCCUCCAAUAAAUUGAGCGGGAGCAUACCGCCUUGUUUGGUGGAAAAAGUUGAGCAACUUGCGGUGUUGAAACUUGGGGGAAACAACAUCAAUGGCCAUAUACCGGAUACAUUUUCUGUCUAUUGUCGUCUAGAAAUUUUGGAUAUGAGUCAGAACUAUUUAGAAGGGAGGCUCCCAGUGUCCCUAGCCAAUUGCAAAUCGUUACAGAUCUUGAAUGUCGGAAACAACAACAUCGAUGAUGGUUUCCCAUGCAUGCUGCCAUCUAGCUUGCGUGUCCUCGUCUUGCGCUCCAACAGAUUUCAUGGACAAGUGAGAUGUAGCAGAAGCUGGACAGAUCUCCAAAUCAUUGAUAUCGCUUCUAACAAUUUCACUGGUUAUCUGUACACAAAGAGCUUCCGGGGAAUGAUGCAAGAAAAGGAUGCACGCCUGGAAAGUGACUACAUUCAUUACUAUGCAGAUUUUGUAUUUGGUGAAUACUACCAGGGCACAGUGAAAGUAAUCGUCAAAGGAGUGGAACUGGAGUUGGUGAAGAUUUUGACAAUCUUUACAGCCAUUGAUUUCUCUUGCAAUAAUUUCCAAGGGGAGAUACCAGAUGCAAUCGGUGAUCUUAGAUCUCUUCACAUUCUCAACUUAUCCCACAAUACUUUCGUAGGAACAAUUCCAAAAUCACUGGGUAAGUUGACGUAUAUUGAGUCGGUCGACCUCUCAACCAACCAGCUAACAGGGGAAAUACCAAAAGAGCUUACACGCCUCACAUUCCUUGCAGUCUUGAAUCUAUCCCACAAUCAGUUGAUCGGGCCAAUCCCAAGUGGUCCUCAGUUUCAAACAUUUUCAACAGAUUCCUUCCAAGGAAACAUAGGGCUAUGUGGUUUCCCUUUCAACAUAAGUUGCAGGCAUGCAGUGGAAGAAGACGACGUGCCACCACCUAAUCCACAUCAAGAGGACGAGGCCAUCAAUUGGGAAUAUGUAUCUGUUGCACUUGGGUAUGUUGUCGGCUUAGGAAGCAUUCUCUGGAUGCUUUUCUCUAGUCAAAGCUUCAGACACAAGUUCAAUGAUCAGACUGAGCAAGCUUUUCAAAAGAUAUUUAACGCCAAAAACAGGAGAAAAGGACACAGAGGAAGAACAAAUAGAAGACGCCAAUGCUGAAACUAUACAACAGAGUAAGGAAAUUAGCCAUAAAUGCUAUGUAUCAUAUUCAUGCAAUGAAUAAAAAAGGAGAUUUUUCCUGAGUAUAUUUUCUUAGAUUACUGAAUUUUUAUGUUAAAAUCAAGGUAUGAGAUUAGCAGUAAUCAACCAAAAUGCCAUAAAUCAUUAUUUUGGUGGAAGACACUGCUGAUUAUAACCAGUAA